ACCGAAGUGAAAGCGGCGGCGGCGUCUACGAAGCAGACCGGGACCGCACACCCGCCGCUGUGCAUCAGACCUGACUAAUCGAUGCAGGCUGAGUCGAAGGACGGUUAAUGGAAACAGAACCCCGAAUCGCUUUUGAAAGCAGGCCCGUCCUACAAUUCCCCCACCAGCCCGCCUCCUCUUCCUGGACACACAUGCCUGUAGGAGGUAUUAGGAGCUUCUUCCCAGUCAGGGGCAGCUGGUAACUGGCACAUUGUCUGCUACACAACAUGAGUAACACACCCGUCCAGGAGCCAACUGCUCAGAGUCUCUCCACUGGCAGUGGGCAGACGUUGCCGUCCAGACCCUUACAGCCCAAUUCUGAUCCCUCUGCUUCCAAAAGAGUGUGUUUCUAUAAAAGUGGUGACUAUAAAUUCAGUGGGCAUCGCUUGGUCAUCAAUGCUCGCACUUUCAAGUCAUUUGAUGCUUUACUGGAUGCUCUUUCUAAGAAAGUGCCUCUGCCUUUUGGAGUGCGGACCAUCACCACACCUCGUGGGACCCACCUUGUUAAGACUUUAGAGGACUUGCAUGAUGGGGGAUCUUAUGUGUGUUCUGAUCAAAAGCGGGUGAAGCCAUUGAACCUGGAUGAAGUGAAACGGCGACAGGUACCGUGGAAUACCACCAGACCCCUCAGUGCAGGGCGAUGGCGGCGGCAACAGGGACUUCAGUCUGGCAGAAGGAAUGAUGUCCACAACAGAGGAGCAAGGGUCACUGAGAGGGUGGCAGUGAGGACGCCAAAAAAGCUUGUUGUCAUCAGAAAUAAGGACCCCACUGUCAGACGCACAAUUGUGUUGCACAGAAGAAUAGCACCAACGUUUGAUGCUUUGCUGGAUUACCUUUCCCAAAUCCUGCAGUUCCCAGUGCUGAAACUUUACUCCACUGAUGGCAGAAGAGUUGACGGUCUUGCUGCACUUAUCUUGUGCUCUGGAGUUGUUGUGGCAGCGGGCAAUGAGCCAUUCAGAUUAGGCAACUACAGUUUUCACAGAACGGGCCAGACGGCACAGAUCAUGUAUGUGGAAACUGUGGAGCCGUCUACGUUGCAGCCCAGAGCUCAAAACAACAAAUCUCUCUCAAGUGGAAGAGGUUCCAGGAAUUUCUCCUUAUCAUCAGAGCGAUAUAUUGUUAACCAGAUAAACAAGUCUCUUAAUGGAAGCAUGAACAGCCACGUACGUCAGCCCAAUGGGUCAUUUGAAGGGGAGGCCCACCCCCAUCACACAACAAUAGAGACACGUGAAUAUGGGAGGGUGGACACGGAGCAACAUUCUAUUAUUGUACCUCACGACGAUGACAUUGAAAAGUCCUUCCGUGUGAAUCAAGAUGGCAGCAUGACUGUAGAAAUGAAAGUGCGUCUGACUAUCAAGGAGGAGGAGAUGCUCCACUGGACUACCACGCUCAGCCGUUCCAGCCUUAGGAAGGGGACAGUUUGUGCCUCGAUUUCUGAGUCAGGCAAUAGCUCACCCAACUCAAACAACGCCGUUGCCAAAGAUUCCUCUAGCAUCAGCGAGGACGAAACUAAACAGGAGAACCAUUCAGGUGGAGCUGGGAAGGCUGUUGGCUUUAAUGAUGGGGUGUAUGAGGGCCGGACUUCUGCCGCCCUGGGAAAAGGACAAACAAGUUUUAAACGUACACCUACACCAGGUCCACGGUAUGUGAAGAAAAAGGCGUCUGUCGAGAGUGUGAAGAUGGUGACAGAGUCAGGGGUUCAUGAGAACACUACGGGGCAUUAUUCCUUUAUAGAGAGGACAGCUGAUGGCGAGUCGUCUGAGGGAUACUGUGUCAUCACACACAAGAGCAACAGCAACCGGCCAGUCCCAAAACCUCGAAAAACUGCAUCUGCGGGAGCGAGCAACAGAGGCUCCCGCUCCUCUAUCAGGUCGUCAGGAGCAGCUGAAGUGCUUCAGAUAGAAAGCAAUGGGAUGGAGGUUACAGAAACUGUGAUGCAUAUUUACGAGAGUCAAGGCUGCUACGACAACUAUGUUGCAAAUGAGGAAUAUAGCACAGAUGGUGCAGCUCUGCACGAUUCCCCGGCAGUAAAAGACAGCAAACCAUCUACAGUUUCAGGGCCACGUUCAUCCAGCAACGACAUUGAUUUUAGCUGGAAGCCACCUACCGCUGAUUCACUACAAAGGCAAAAAGAAGACAUGUUAUCACUGUCAUCAGAUCCAGUAUGUUCAGCACAUAAGAUUAUGAAUGAUCUGUCUUCAGUGGCUGAGAAUGAGCCUCUUACAGCAACAGACUCCCAAAUUGAGAAGACAGUAGAAAAUGACAAAACGCCUAAAAACAAGAAGGAUAAAAAGAUUAUUAAACCUGCUAGGAAGCAGAAGAGUUCAACCAGUAGCUCAGAUAAAAAACAAAAGACAAGCAUUAGUCCUUCAAAAAAUAGCAGCAAUGCCAGUGUGGGGAAAAAAAGUCAGAGUUCACCCGAAAGCGCUAAUAGCAAAGCCGAAAAGAAACCAGACAAACCUCAGUCUAAGAAAUCAAUUAAAGAUGAAAAGACCCCCAAAAAGGACUCUGCCUUAUUAACUAGCACUGAAAAUGUGAAAAGGACCCCACCCAAGAGACAAAGCACAAAUAAAGUGGCCGCUAAAGACAAUGGUCAUAAUAUAAACACUCCAAGCGGAAGACCUCAAAUGAAAAAGAACAUGUCAGACAUUUUAAAACCUAAAACAAACCUUUUGCCUGUGAAAUCGACAGUUCGCAAACCAAAAUCCAUGAGUGAAAUGAGAACUCUGCCCCCCAAUCAAACUCCUGAGAUAAAUGAAAGCGUGUCCAUGCCCUUGUUAAAUCCGACACCCUCUGAAAUCCACCAGUAUGUUGAGAACUGGUUGGAGAAGGUCAGUCCAGACCAGGUGCCAUACACAGAGGAGACAUUUCCAAACGAACCAGAACCUCAGACAAAGGUUGUGUUUCAGAUUGGUGGUGAGUCUGAACCAGAAGGAAACAAUGGAAGUCAAACCAACGUAAAUGAACAUGAUUCACAACCUAGUGAUGCCGUCAAGAAAUCAAUUUCCUGCUUAUCAGUUCCUCUUUGCCAUGAAGCACCGGCGUCGUUGAUGUUGCACAGUGAGCAGAAGUCAAGAGGUUUGUGUGCUUCAAUGCCAAGUGUCAGAAUCGAUCCUGGACUGCAUGAUAACAGACUGAGGGCACAUAAAUCUGCAGAGGAUCUUGGUCCGGCUGACAAUGAAUCCACUUCAUUCAACAUUUUGAGCCCGAAAGCAAAGAUUAGACCUGUCCUGAGACAACUUUGCUCAUCGAUUCAGUGCAUCAGACGUGUGUCUGACACCAACGCAACAUCCAAUCUAGAGAAAUCCAACAGCCUUCCUGAUUUCUCAACACAAGUAGCAUUAGUGUUUGGGUCAUCAUGUAAAGCCUUCCUGUCUUUCUUGUCAGUAAUGACUCUGAGAGAUAGCUUAAUGGGCUCAGCUCAAGGAGAUGAACACCAGUCAAGAAGUACCUCGGAGGCCAUGCUGAUGAUGGAAUCACUGCAGAAAAUCUCUGCCCUUGAGGAUGAAGAAGUGCAGAAGGCAAGUUUGACAGAUCUGCAAAGCAGAGCGUCUUCUCAGUUUAGGGAGCGAUGGAGAGAUUUUAUGAUCUUUAGGGAAAGGCUUGAAAGUGAACCCCUUUCUCCCAGAGUGUCAGAAACAGAGUUUGCCCUGGAUGUGGUCUCUGAAGGUGGUGAUGCCUUUGAGGAUCAGAAUGUGCGUAUCAAUGCGCUCAUGGAUGAGCUGAACCUGCCAGAAGACCUCAGAGCAGAGAUUUCUUCAACCAUCCACCAUGCUAGAUCAUUUUACCCUGUGGAGGAGAGUACUUUUGUAGAAACUGAAAAAAACCUAUCAGACUCUGAGGAAGAAGUAGAGAAGUUUGUUGAGGAAUGUAAUGAAGAAAGAGAAGAAUCAUCAGAACCUCUUAGAACCUGCUUAGUUGGUGACAUUACUGAGAAAACACAGGGUAACAGUGAUGGAGAAACAGAAUCAAAUACGAUGCAAAACAUAUAUUGUGAACAGGUUAAUGAGUCAGAGCAAGCAGGACCUGAUGUGAAAGAUUCAGAAGAUUCACAGAUAGAAAUAGAUGAACCUUUAAACCAGAAUGAGGCAGAAGAGGAAGACCAAGUAGUGGAGCAGAGGGGGGAGGAGAACGAAGGGUCAAUAGAGAUAAACAAUGCUGAAGGUGAGGAGCUUGAACAAAUAAAGAGAGAGGAGGAAACAGAAGAGGUUGACGUCAAGGAACAGGACCAACGGGAGAGUGGCGAGGAAUCCGUUGAGAAAGUACAAGAUGAGAUAAGUGUGGACGGGGAAGAGGAGAAGAAGGAGACAUUAGAAGGGGAAGGGACAGAACAGAGAAUGUCAGAUGCAGAAGAGCAAGAAAUAGAACACAAUAAUAGUGUUGAAGAGUCAGACGACAGGAAGAUUGAUGAGGAGACAGAAGACGAAGGGGAGAAGAAGGAGGAGGGUAGAUACGAGGUGGAGAAGACUGAAGAACAAGCAGGAGAUGUUGAGGAAACUGGGAUAACUGGGAAGGAUACUGAAGAGCAGGAGGAGGUAGAGAGGGAUGAGGAGGAAGAUGUGCAGCUGGUGGAGAAAUAUGUUAAGGAACAAAGGGAGGAGGAUUUGAAGGAAACUACUGAACAUGCAGAAAAUAUUGAAGAGAAUGAAGAAGAAAUAGAGGAGACAGAGGAGGAUGAGGGAGAAGGAAGAGGAGUGGAGAGGAGUGAAGAAGAAGAAGGCGUAGAAGAGGCGGUCAGUGAGGAGGUUGCUGAGAAAACAGAAAAGGAGGAGGAAGGAAAAACAAGUCAUACAGAGGAGAGGAGUGAGGAAGAAGGUGUGAGGGAGGAGGCUGCUGAGGAGACAGAUGAGGAUGAGGAGGAUGAAAGAUCUACCCAUACAAAUGAGACGAGUGAAAUGGAAGAUGUGGAGGAGGUGGUUAGCGAGAAGGUUGCUGAGGACACAGAUGAGGAAAAGGAGGAACUAAAUACUACUGAUGAAGUGGAGGGAAGAGGAGAAGUAGAUGAGGGGAAUAGUGAGGGAGAAGUUGAUGAAACAGAGAAGGUUGCUGAGGAGACAGAUGAGGAACAAGAAGUGAAAAAUAAACGUGAGGAGGGAGAUGAAGAGGAGGAAAGAGAAGAAAUGCUUGUAGUUAAUGAAGAAAGAGAUGUAGAAGAAGAUGAACUAGAGUUGGAUAGUGAAGAAAACAAUAGUGAAAAGGAUGAGGAGGAGAAGGAGCGAGAACAGGAAGAAUCUUAUAUGGACAAAGAUGUGGACGAGGAUGAAGAAGAGGAUGAGGAUGAGAAUGAGGAAGAAGAUGAGGAUGAGAAUGAGGAUAAGUACGAGGACAUGAAUGAGGAUAAAGAUGAGGAUACUGAGGAUAAUGUAGAAAAUACAGAAAUGCAAAUUACAGAGAGGGAGGAAGAUGAGGGCGAAUCUGACAGGGACGCAGAGGAAGAACAAACGUGUGAUUAUGUUCAGGAGAUCAGCAAAGCACUAGAGAAGAAAGAAAAUAAAAUGGAGGACGAAUCAGCAGAUGAGAGAGAAGAUGUGUACGAGUUGGAGACUGGAGGGCAAAUGUUAGAGCAGAAGAGGGAAGAUCAUGAAGAUAGUGAGUUAAGUGAAGGAUCGGAGCAAACAGAAAAGGAAGAACCAAAGGCUGAAGAUGGAGACAGUUUUCCUGGUGAUAAGGACUGUGAAGGCCUGCGAGAUACAGUAUCUUUGAAUCAGCUAAGUAGCAUCUGUGAAGGAGGGAAUAUAGAACAAAACAGUGAAUCGUCAACCAAAUAUUCAUCUGACAUUCAGUGUGAGGACGAAAAGGGCAACGGGACCGACACUGUGAAUGAAACUGAUGAGGGGGGUGAAGAUCGAAGGCAGAGCCGACCACAUCCAGUGGAAAUAUCCCAGCAGCUCCUGGACUUUGUCAACUCGGCCCUUCAGUCGUCCUCGCUAACAUUCUCAUAUGACUCUCGGGGGAACAUUAGGAUAGAGCCAGACAACGCUCGAGUGGUCGCGACCGAGCAAGUCGUCAUCCCAAAAAGCAGCAGUGACAGUUCGUACGGCGUAAACUGCCUCCCGAGUCCGAGCACCUCCGAUUUGUCAGACUACAGACCCGAAUCCUCAGAGAGUGGAGGAUACAAGACUCAGGAGUCUGUAGAUGUUGUGACAGAGAGCGGGGAAGACGCUUCAGACAAACCUUUUCCUAUCUACAGGCGUAAAAGUGAUUUCCCUAAGAGGCCCAGGGAACCUCCGAGGUCCAAGCUGUCUGCUGCAAGUGAGCCCCACGUCUCCGAAGGCGCAGGGCUAAAAAGUGCAGGAACCUCCCACGGGUCUGGCUCCAAAGCCUCCAGAGAGGAUCUUUCCUAUUUCAGUGCAGCCAGUUCACUAAAGGCUGAUGCCGAAGCUGCACCAGGCAUGUCCUCAGAAAAGGACUCCGCUGAUGGGGUUUUGAUCGAUCAAGGACGGUGGCUGCUCAAAGAGAACCACCUCAUAAGAAAAUCCCCUCCAGUGUCUCUGGGGAUGUACGACAACCUGGACAGCACGUCCAUCGACACAGGCCAGGAGAACGCCAGCGAGGGUUCCCCGAACCAUGGUAAAAGCCAACAGAACCCCCUUGCAGCCAUAUCCUCAUCAGAGCUUGAGGAGAUGGCGAAGCCUCUAACGCCGAAGUGCACCUACUACAACAUGCCGCAUGGAAGCGAUUCUGACCCCUUUCUGGAUGAAUACAGCAUCAGUGGCAAAAAAGACACAAGCAGUUUCAAAGGCAGAGGCUCCAAGGUGACGCCUAUUGACACUUCAAAGACUCGGGUGAACAAAAAUGGUAGUCUGUCCUCAUUUGCAUCCGUUGAGUUCAAAAUACCAGACAAGAAAGUGCAUCCUGAAGGAGCAUCUGUGGCUGUGGCUCAGACAAGAAGGACAUCUAGUGGAGGAGGGAGUGUACUGCAAGCACAGGACUCCCUGGACACACUGCAUCUGAGGUGCAGUCAGUACUGCCCCAUCCUGUGAACGCAGAGCCCGCUGUCUCAUUUGUUCUUUCUUCAUUUGUCCAGCUAUGAACAAGGGACCUGUGCCUCUACUAUGUUUGAAUACAACAACAAAUGUGGCUGAUAUUGUGGUAUCAGUGAGUAGUAUCGUAUUUUGUAUCUUUGUACUUCACUGUUUCCUGUCUGCCCAACGUAUUGAAACUGAAAAGUGGUUACUUGUGAAAAAAUAUAAUAAAAGGCAGCUUCUGACUAUAGCUGACAAUA